AUGACCACUUUUGCACCCUUCCAGCAGAUCCCCCAGCCCCUCGCAGGCAUGUCCACCAAGCCCAAGCGCAAGCGCACAUUCGACGACGAGCCCGACCAGGACGAGGUCAUGGGUCUCGAUGCUACAAAGCAUCUUCGUACUCUUCCUCCAUCAGUCGAGGGCCCAGGGGGCUUUGCAUUCCCAAUCAACAUGCCUGACCUGGUCGCCGAUGCCUCCACCUCGGCAUCAGCCUCGGACGUCAUGGACCAUGACAUGGACUUUGAAAUGGACGAUGCCGAGACUACUCGUCAGCCUCCCCAGUACUCGUACGCCGAGGGCGGCUCGGGUGGCUUCAUGUUUGGCCCCGGCGCCGACGAGGAUGAGAUGAGCGACGACGACAGCAAAGGCUACCCAAACCUCGACAUUUACCCGGCCACGGCCAUGGACGACAACCCGUCGGCGUUUUACCCCGCGAACGUGUCGCCGCAGACGGCGUGGUCGGCGCAGUCUUUCGCGACCAACCUCGCCCCGCCCGUGUCUCCCGGUCUCAUGCAGCCGUCCCCCUCUGCACCCUUGGGCGAGGACGCCACACCUGUCGAGCUCGCACGCAGUCAGCACGGCCCUCAGUGCACCUCCAUCCCCAAGCUCAAAAUGAGCGACUACCCCGACCCGUCCGGCGGCCGCAGUCUCUGGGCCGUCUGCCCGGACUGCGGUGCGAUGGAGCGAGCGUCUUGA